CGCUACGCCCCGCGCCGGGGUCGGUCAAGGUCUGCGCCUGCGCGGCCGCUGCUCGCCGGCUCGCGGACCUGCGGGCUGGCGGUACGGGGCGCCCGCGGCGAUGGCAUGAUCUAGCAGAAAGAUGGCUACCAUUGGUUACUUUAUUUUUCUUUCUGUGGCAAGACUGUCAUGGAGCCUGGAUAUUUCAGAGGCAGAGACACAGGAGGAGGGAGAAGCAGGCUCCAUGCUGGGAGCCCGACGCGGGACUCGAUCCCGGGACUCCAGGAUCGCGCCCUGGGCCAAAGGCAGGCGCCAAACCGCUGAGCCACCCAGGGAUCCCCUACUCUUAUUUUUAACAUCCAUAUGACAUCCUGUCAGGUUAAAAAUAUCCUUCAUGAAGAAGAAAGAUCUUAAGCAACAUGGUGGAUUCAGAAGCUCAUGAAAAGAGACCGCCCAUCCUAACAUCUUCAAAACAAGAUCUGUCACCUCACAUUGCAAAUGUUGGUGAAAUGAAGCAUUACUUGUGUGGCUGCUGUGCAGCUUUCAACAAUGUAGCAAUCACAUUUCCCAUUCAGAAGGUGCUCUUUAGGCAGCAGCUGUAUGGAAUCAAAACCCGGGAUGCAGUGCUUCAGUUGAGGAGGGAUGGCUUUCGAAACUUGUACCGCGGAAUCCUUCCCCCACUGAUGCAGAAGACAACUACACUGGCACUUAUGUUUGGUCUGUACGAGGACUUAUCUUGCCUUCUCCGGAAGCAUAUCAGUACCCCUGAGUUUGCAACCCGUAGUGUGGCAGCAGUACUUGCAGGCACAACAGAAGCGAUUUUCACUCCAUUGGAAAGAGUUCAGACAUUGCUUCAAGACCAUAAGCAUCAUGACAAAUUUACAAACACUUACCAGGCUUUCAAGGCACUCAAAUGCCAUGGAAUUAGAGAGUAUUAUCGAGGCUUGGUACCUGUUCUUUUCCGCAAUGGAUUCAGCAAUGUCCUUUUCUUUGGCCUUCGAGGUCCCAUUAAGGAGCAUCUGCCUACCGCCAAAACUCACAGCGCCCAUUUGGUCAAUGAUUUUAUCUGUGGAGGUCUGUUGGGUGCCAUGUUGGGAAUCUUGUUUUUCCCAGUUAAUGUUGUGAAAACUCGCAUGCAGUCUCAGAUUGGUGGGGAAUUUCAGUCUUUUCCCAAGGUUUUCCAGAAAAUCUGGCUAGAGCGGGACAGGAAGCUGACAAAUCUUUUCAGAGGUGCUCAUCUGAAUUACCAUCGAUCCCUCAUCUCUUGGGGCAUAAUCAAUGCAACUUAUGAGUUCUUGUUAAAGAUUAUAUGAAAGAAACUAUCAGUUAAGUGCCAUUUAUUAACUGAAUAGAUCUAAGAAGAAUGUGGUUUGGCAUUGCUCCUAAUUGGCCAAAUAUACGUUGGUGUCACUAGUUCAGGGCACAGUGAAUUAUGGGCAAAGCUGUUUUCUUGAAGCACCAACAAAUUCAGAAUAAAAGGUUCUAAUAGGAAAAUAUAAGGGGUUUUUGGUUUUGUUUUUUAUCAUUAUCUGAGAACUUUGGGCUAAUUGCCUGGUUAAUAGCUGUCUAUCUGACUGCUUUUGACAAGGAAAACUAGUAGCCAAGGUAUGAUUCUUUUUUCCAAGUCUUUAAAUCUUCUGUAUUGAAAUGUCAGUGGCCAUGACCAGCCAGAGAAAAGGCUCCUAGAGAGAGCCCUGUGAAUUCUCAGGCUUCCUUCUCUUACUCCAUUUCUUGCUUCUCUGCUCUUAGGAGGAGUUGCAAAGGGUAGUCUUCAUUAAACAUAAGCAUAUACUUGUAGGACAAAGGACAGAGGAAAACAGCUUAUUAGAUGUAGGCUUUUUAUGAUAAAUUACUUAUAUUAGUUUUGAAACUAAGUACCUAUUGGGAUAGUCCUUACAGACUAUUCAGACGUGGUGUGGCCGACCCAAGCAGCUAGUCAAAGCUCCCAUUUUGCUAGGUUGGAGAGUUUUGUGUUUAGUUCUGAAUAUGACCUUAACCCCUCCCAGAUGUCCUAAUGUUAAUUUCACUUAUUUCAUUGCCAAAACAUGAGGAGGCCUAGAUUUCGUUACUGGUGUUUCCUCCUGUGAAGAAAUUUUAUAUUAAUUGCAAACUCUGGUUAAAUCCGUUUCUUUGAUUAAUUGUUGCCAACUUAAGAGCUUUGGGAGUUUGGGGAGUGUUUUUUGAGUCAUAGUUUGUCAUAUUGAAGUAUCUUGUUCUCUUAAAGCUCUCCUUUAAAAAAAAAAAAUUAACACUUCCAUAAAAUUGUAUUUUGGAAGUCUAUUAAUGGGAUUCUAGAUUUCUCUCCCCUGGUUUGUAAGCAUUACAGAAGGGAAAAACCUCAAGAUAGCUUUCAUCCCAGGGUGUUAGCUUUUUUAUUUGACUCUUGGAAAUAGAGACUUCCAUUAGGAUUUUUACAUUUUGGGAACCCAGUUUUACCAUUUUAUCAUUAAAACCGUAAGACAGUUUGAGAUGAUAAGAUCUAAAUAAAGAUAUUUAAAGGAUUAAUUUUAAAUGCUGCUAGUUCAUAAUAGCUGGGUAGCAUACUCAUCCCUUACAUGACAGAGAAAAACUUACUUGUCAAAGGAAUUAGAUUUUAAAAUAUUUUUUCCAGAUGAAGCAAAAUGCCUCUACCAAUUGAUUAACUAAUAAAAUAUGGAACAUCCUAGAAAAGUAAUUUAUCAACCUUUUAAAAAUCCACAUCUGUAAAUAAGUAGUUAAGAUUGCUUGCCAGCAUCUGAUAUGGCUGUUAGAUUUCUUACUAUUAGUUUUUCAUCAUUCUGGGUAAUUGCAUAUGAAUAUGUGCAUACACUGACCAAAAUAAAAUCAGGGUCUCAGUUGGUAGUUUACUCCAUUUCUGGGCAGAUAGUCCCAAAAGAGAUGUUUACCUCUAAAUGCAAUAUGGCUGGUCGAAUAAGCAUCCUUCCAACAUAAAGGAUUGAGAAGCAUUAUCAAGCACUUGCCAGGCAGUAAUGAGCCUCAGUAGCUUUACAACAGUCCCUCAAAAUGUGUUGGAAAUGGCAGUUUUCUUUGGAAACCAAGAUACAGAGGUGAGGAUUUCAGAAAAGGAUUUGACACCAAAUAAACGUGAGUAGCAUCCUUUGGCUUACUGAAUUGAGUCUGGCUUUGAAUCGGGAGAUGAAGGCACCUGGUCUGAGCAUCAGUGGUGUGUCUUGGUGAUGCUCAGUGGGUGGCGGGUGAGUUAGGGGAUGGGCUUCCUUUUGUCUAUACACUCCUGUGAGGUGACGGAUACUGAAGUUCUAGAGCACUUUGUGAAAUACAGAUGAAGUGAGAAUUUGAAAGGGGAUACUUUGGUUUCUGCAAUCUCAAACUUGUGGCGUUUAAAAACAUUUUGAAGAUCGAUUUUAACUCCUAAUAGAUUUGGAUUUCUUUGUCACUUUUUACAGCUUUUGAAGACCAAACUGUAAAUACAUUACCAGGGAUGGGUUUGUCUUGUCCUAUAGACUUCUUAAAUUUGAUAAAAAAUAAACUUGCUUGUGGUAGCCAACAGCUUUGUCUGAACCUUAAAAGAAGUCAAAAUGUGUUAUUAAUAAGAGAUUCUAACUACUUGUUUUUACUUUCAGUGUGAACUAGUAAUUUUGAAAAGGCAAACCUGAUCGAAUAACUUUAUCUGAAGAGCUUUAAAAGUGGCCUUUCUGUUACAUAUGUGGCACAGACAGUUUAUGAGCACAGGCACCCUGGUCCUGCCUCCCAUACUUCAUCUCUGAUGCCACCAGAGAUGUUAUGGAUUCUAUAUUUAGAACGCUUGGGGUAGUAUGAGCCCUCCGGACUGCAUCACAGAGCAAACACAACCUCUCUAUGGUGGCAGAUUUGUGUCUUUGUUUCAUUUGUGGUUGGAGACAGUUGAUGUUUUUGUCUCAAUACUCACCUUACCUUAUGGUUGGUUAUGUAAUCACUUGCUAUAUAUUGUAAACUGUGCAAUAAAACAGAAUUGUGUACCUAGGAGUC